UUCCGGCGCGGCUCCUCAGAGCGAGUGGCGGGGAAGUCAUGGACCGCAACCCUUCGCCGCCGCUGCCCAGUCGGGAGGAGGAGGAGGAGGAGGGUGCUGGGGGAGACUGCAUAGGGAGCACGGUCUACAGCAAGCACUGGCUGUUCGGUGUCCUCAGCGGACUCAUUCAGAUGGUUAGCCCUGAAAACACCAAAUCCAGCUCAGACGAGGAGGAGCAGCAGAUGGAGCUCGAUGAAGAAAUGGAGAAUGAAAUUUGCAGAGUCUGGGAUAUGUCCAUGGAUGAGGAUGUGGCUUUAUUUCUCCAAGAAUUUAAUGCCCCUGACAUAUUUAUGGGAGUAUUGGCCAAAUCCAGAUGUCCUCGAUUAAGAGAAAUCUGUGUGGGAAUUUUAGGUAAUAUGGCCUGUUUCCAAGAGAUAUGUGUGUCCAUCAGCAGUGAUAAAAAUCUUGGACAGGUGUUACUGCACUGUUUGUAUGAUUCAGACCCUCCUACUCUGCUGGAAACAAGCCGGUUGUUGCUUACUUGUCUUUCCCAGACAGAAGUGGCCAGUGUCUGGGUUGAAAGAAUCCGGGAAUAUCCAGCUAUUUAUGAUAGUAUUUGUUUCAUUAUGUCAAGUUCAACAAAUGUUGACUUGCUGGUGAAAAUAGGGGAAGUUGUGGACAAACUUUUUGAUUUGGACGAGAAGCUAAUGUUGGAAUGGAUUAGAAAUGGGGCUGUUCAGCCUCUGGACCAACCCCAGGAAGAUGCUGAAGAGCAGCCAGUGUUUAAAAUUGUGCCCUGUGUACUUGAAGCUGCCAAACAAGUACGUUCUGAAAAUCCAGAAGGGCUCGAUGUUUACAUGCAUAUCUUACAGCUGCUUACCACAGUGGAUGAUGGAAUUCAAGCUAUUGUACAGUGUCCUGCUACUGGAAAAGACACUUGGAAUUUACUUUUUGACCUGGUCUGCCAUGAAUUUUGCCAAUCUGAUGAUCCACCCAUCAUACUUCAAGAACAGAAAACUGUGCUAGCUUCUGUUUAUUCAGUGUUGUCUGCCAUCUUUGCUUCACAGGCUGAACAGGAGUAUCUAAAGAUAGAAGAAGAUCUUCCUCUAAUUGACAGCUUGAUUCGUGUCUUACAAAACAUGGAACAUUGUCAGAAGAAGCCAGAGAACUCAGUAGACUCUAACACAGAAGAAACGAAAAAGUCUGAUUUAACCCAAGAUGAUUUCCACUUGAAAAUCUUAAAGGAUAUUUCAUGUGAAUUUCUUUCUAAUAUUUUUCAGGGUUUAACAAAGGAGACUGUGGCUCAGGGAGUAAAGGAGGGCCAGUUAAGCAAACAGAAGUGCUCCUGUGCAUUUAAAAACCUUCUUCCUUUUUAUAGUCCUGUGAUAGAAGACUUUCUCAAAAUUCUACAUGAAGUUGAUAAAACUCUUGCUGAUGACCUGGAGGAAAGCUUCCCAAGUUUGAAAGUUCAGACUUAAUAACUGAAUUAAGUUUCCUUUGCCCAAUAAAUGAACUUUAUUUUCUUCA